GUAUUCCACGCGACGUCGACGUCCGACGGCGCUCUGCGCCGAAAUUAUUAUAAAUCCUUUUUUAAAACGAUAAAUGUAAACAAUAUUUGUUUUCAAUCCCCACUCAAACUGGCUUAUAAGUAAGCCUGAUUUGUUUACAAAAGCACUCAGUUCAUUCAACGCUACGUGAUAAAUACAAAUCGUGAAUAAAACAUCACAAUCGAAUAACUAAUAAACAAAGUUUUAUUUAUUGAAUAAGAAAAUAAAGUGAUUUAAUUUAAAAGUGGAUUAAUUAAUUUAUUUAAAUCUGUGUUAUUUAAUAUUAUUUAUUUAAUUUAUUCUAAUGAGUGCUAACGCAAUGUCUCUUAGCAAGAAUAUUGUGCAUUGUAGAAAACAUCUGAUAGUACCUAUAAGGUCCAUUUCGGGCAACUCAAACGCGGUCGAACCGACUAAGAUGAGCACAAGGGCGAUGCCCCUGGCUCAUUGGAGGGUAUUGUCCCAGUUAAAAGAGUAUUUGUCCAAAUUGACCAACGACCAAAACUACCAGAACAUGAUCAACAAAGAAUUCGCCCAGAUUCUACAGAAGAUACAACCUUCCGUUUAUGGAAAUGCUAUCGUAAGAACUGUAAAUAAAGUAUCUGAAAAAGAUAAUGGGACCAUUAAGAAAGAUGCUGUGGCUAAAUCUGUCGCCGUAGAAAGUGAACCAACAAGUAUUACAACGGGAAUUAGUAUUCCAGGAGUUUUAAACGGAUUAGGAAUUAGUUUUGGAGCUAAAGAAAAUAAUGGGGAAGUUGUUAAAACUAAUAAUGUUCCAAAAGUGGCUAAAUGGAAAAAUGAUAAGGUUGUAGCUUCUAAAUCAAGUAUCUCAUCAAGAACAAAACACGUAAUAUUCUCAAUCAGUCAGGCUCAAUCAAAAGAAUCAAAAUUACGUCGAAUUGAAGAUCUUUCAAUGCACAUAAAACAAUUUCCCGAAGAGAAACAUGCAGCAGUUAAAGAAGGCGCAAUUAGAUUAUUGUUAAGAGUACGAGGGUGCACUAAAGACAUUCAAACACAAUCUGCCAUAUCGGAAGCUUUGGCUAUCUUGGGACAUUCAGAUCCACUCCCAAAUAAAGGGAUUCGAAUAUUAUCAAUUGAUGGGGGUGGUAUUCGAGGAUUACUUGUAAUCGAGAUGCUUCGUAAAUUGGAGGAGUUAACUGGAAAAAGAGUUUACGAAAUGUUUGAUUUUAUAUGCGGAGUUAGUACAGGGGCGAUUUUAGCGUGUUCGUUAGGGAUUUUACAAAAAGAUUUAGAUAAUUUACAAAGAGAUUACAAAGAGUUGAGUACUCAAGUGUUUACACAAUCAACAAUUAAGGGAACAAGUAGUUUGGUUUGGUCACAUUCUUAUUAUGAUACUUCGUUAUGGGAGAAAUUAUUGAAGGAGAAUUUGAGUGAAAAUAGCUUAAUAAGCACCGUUAGAAAUCGAAAUACACCAAAAGUAGCGGCCGUUUCUGCUGUUGUAAACCACGAGAGGGUAUCUGCUUAUAUCUUUAGAAAUUAUUCUUUACCAUGGAGGGUGCAAAGUCAAUAUAUGGGGGGAUAUGAACAUGAAGUUUGGCAAGCUGCGCGUGCUUCAGCUGCAGCUCCAACUUAUUUUGAAGAAUAUAAAUUAGGAAACUUUUUACAUCAAGAUGGUGGAAUCUUAGUAAAUAACCCCACAGCUGUAGCUAUACACGAAGCAAAAUUGUUAUGGCCUGAUAGUCCUAUUCAAUGCGUUGUUUCAUUUGGUACAGGGAGAACUGUUCCUAAUAAUUUUGGUUCAGAUGAUAGUAAAUUACAUCCAGCUAACGUUUCGUCAUGGAAGAAUAAAUUUAUGAAGAUUUUGGAUAGUGCUACAGAUACGGAAGCUGUCCAUUUGAUGUUAGGAGAUCUUCUUCCGGAAACUGUUUACUAUAGAUUCAACCCCUACUUAACAGAAAUGUUAAGUAUGGUUGAGAUUGAUCCUGGUAAAUUGGACCAAUUAGAAAGAGAUGCGAUGAUGUAUUUGAGAAGAAACGAAGAUAAAUUUCAAAGAGCUGCGAAAACUUUGUUGGAAAAACGAACGAUGACGCAAAAAGUUCAAGAUUGGGUACAUUUAAAACGGGAAACGUUGGGUUUUGAAAAAUGAUUUUUUUUAAAUAUUUAAGAUUUUAACUCUAAACAUCAUUUUAUUCGUUGAUAUAUUUAAAUU